ACAGGGCAAGGAGCUGGGUGGAGAGGCUUCCAUGAGCAUUUCUACUUUGCAGCCUGCUGUCCGCCCUGGCCGCCGGGACGGGAGUGACAGCAGGGCCCUGCUCUGACAGAGGAGGGGCCUCUCAGCUGGAACUGCACACGAGUCCGGCUUGGAGCAGGCCCAGGCCCUGCCGAGGUACUGUGUCCGGGAGGCAGAUUAGCUGCCAGAGCCCAGGCAGCUGUCCUCCCUCUGCUACCAGAGACCUCCUGCCCGCCUGGCACCCAUGGGCUGGCAAAUGAGGCUGGCCACAGCUGCCCUGUUUCUGGGUCUCACAAUGGCAGUCACCGGAGACGGAGGCAAGGAGGAGAAUGAUGCAUGUGUCUAUGAGGCCGUGCCUGACUACGAUGCUGUCCUCUGCAGGGGUCUCAAAGUUUCCUACCCAGAGCUGGGGAACCUUGGCUGCAUGUUUGUGCCCGACUGCAACAACUACAGGCAGAAGAUCACCUACUGGAAUGAGCCCGUCGUCAAGUUCUCCGGGGCCUUGGAGGGUGCAACCUACCUCCUGGUGAUGGUGGAUCCAGAUGCCCCCAGCAGGUCUUCACCCAAAGCUCGCUUCUGGAGACACUGGCUGGUAACAGACAUCAAGGGCAUUGACAUGAAGAAAGGGAAGAUUCAAGGCUGGGAGUUAUCGCCCUACCAGCCUCCAUCCCCACCGGCACAAACUGGCUUCCAUCGCUACCAGUUCUUCGUCUAUCUUCAGGAAGGGAAGACCAUCUCUCUCCUUCCCAAAGAAAACAAAACCCGAGGCUCUUGGAAAAUGGACAGUUUUCUGAAGCGCUUCCACUUGAGCAAACCUGAAGCAAGCACCCAGUUCAUGACCCAGAAUUACCAGGAUUCGUCAGGUCUCCAGAUUCCCGCAGGAAUGAACAGGGAGUCCAAGAGCAAACCCAGACAGAGAUGACUGCCUGCCAGACCUCAGGCUUCUCGCUGCAGGAGGUGGCCAUUCACCCACCACCAACCACUGGGUAUGGAACCCCUUCUCUUCCAAAUUAAAACAAUUAAUCAUCCAGGGUGCUUACUGA